AGCGGUCUGAGCCACGGAGCGGCGCUCGGAGCGCAGAUGGAGAAAUGAUCGGAGUUCAGGAGUUUAGGAGUUUUUAAAGGUGUGGAAGCUGACAGACCGUGUUUAACAGCCUCCAAACCUGCCUGUCCUCCGCGGACGGAAUGUGUGAGGUAGCUGUAGGUGCUGUAAAGGGGAAUGUCCGUUUUUUUUCGUGAGCUUUUAGGGAAGUUUUUGACUCGGGUUGUGGAGAGGUUAGCUACAGCAGGCUAGCUAACGGUCCGGGAGCGGAGCAGACAUGGACCAGUCCGUGGCGAUUCAAGAAACUCUGGAGGACGGAGAAAACUGUCUUAUAGCUGUUCAGUGUCUCCUGCUGCUGAAUAAUGGAACUGAGAGCAGACUGCUGGGACUGGUGGAGCAUGUCAAAGAGCACGCGUUAUUCAUGUUUACUCACAGAAGAAUGGCUAUUACUGGUAAGGAUGUGACACUGCAGGAAAUCAUCCCCAUUUCAUACGACUUUUCUGUUGUUGAAGUGUCCUCUCCAGAUGAAUUUGCUUUAGUUGGUGCAGACACUCGAGUGAGGGUAACAUUCUGUAAUAAGGAGAUAGAGCUCAAGUUGCCGUUUGGUUCCCACACACGUCUCUUUCUCAGUGAGGUCAACAAGGCAUGGUGUGAUGUAUGUGAGCAAUACCCAGACUCCCCAAAAUUUGACUGGCUUAGCAAGUACCAGAAACACAUCAAAGGGACAAGAUCAUCAGCUGGCAAGAUUAUAAAAAGAGGCAAAUCCCACACCACUGACAGUAAAGGACACCAAGAGGACAAACAAGCACAUUCCAGUACUGAAAAGGCCAGAGGGGAUGGUUUUCAGGAGAACAACCAGGGAAAAGUGAAAAGUGAGGAGAGGAAUGAGCUUGUUCGCUCAUCCAGACAUACUGUAUCGAACAAAGCCCAGAUGCUCACCAUGCCCCAGUUUGGUCUGCGAGACAACCUUAUUAAAUGUGAACUUCUCAAGAACGAAGACACCUACACGUACAUUGAGAAUUUCAAUUUUUUCUUGGGCACAUAUAAUGUAAACGGACAGACGCCGAAGGAGAGCCUGUACUCAUGGUUGUCCUCCACACCGGAGCCUCCUGAUAUUUACUGCUUAGGGUUCCAGGAGCUGGACUUGAGUAAGGAAGCAUUUUUCUUUAAUGACACACCAAAGGAGCAAGAAUGGAUGAAGGCUGUAUCUGAAGGCCUCCACCCAGAUGCCAAGUAUGCCUUAGUAAAGCUGGUACGACUGGUUGGAAUCAUGCUACUUUUCUAUGUGAAGAAGGAGCACGCUGAGCACAUCUCUGAGGUGGAGACAGAGACUGUAGGCACAGGCAUCAUGGGAAGAAUGGGUAAUAAAGGUGCGGUAGCAGUUCGCUUUCGAUUCCAUAAUUCUGACAUUUGCGUGGUGAACUCACAUCUGGCAGCUCACGUAGAGGAGUAUGAGAGACGGAACCAAGACUACAAGGACAUCUGUAGCAGGAUACUCUUCAGACAGCAGGACCCCACACUUCCACCUCUUACCAUCAUGAAGCACAGCAUUGUUCUCUGGCUUGGUGACCUGAACUAUCGGAUUAGUGACCUGGAAGUUGACCAUGUAAAGGGACUUAUAUUGAAAAAGGAUUUUGAAACCCUUUACAGUCAUGAUCAGUUAAAAAGACAAAUGGAUGAAGAAGCAGUUUUUGUAGGCUUUUUGGAGGGAGAGAUUGAGUUUCAGCCAACAUACAAAUAUGACACAGGCUCAGACCAGUGGGACACUAGUGAAAAGUGUCGGGUCCCGGCCUGGUGUGAUCGCAUCCUGUGGAGAGGAAAGAACAUCACUCAGCUGUAUUACAAGAGUCACAUGUCUCUGAGAACCAGUGACCACAAGCCUGUGAGCUCUGUCAUGCAGAUAGGGAUAAAAGUGGUGAAUGAGGAGGCCUAUAAAAAGACACUUGAAGAAAUUGUGCGGUCUCUGGACAAGCUAGAGAAUGAGUGCAUUCCAUCAGUGACUCUGUCUCAGAGAGAGUUUCAUUUCAACGAUGUGAAGUUUAUGCAGCAUCGAGCAGAGACUCUGACCGUCCACAAUGAUGGUCAGGUGCCGUGUCAAUUUGAGUUCAUCCAGAAGCUGGAUGAGCCAGCAUAUUGCAAACCUUGGCUCACCGCUAACCCAUCCAAGGGCUUUCUUGCCCAAGGAGACAGUGUGGUCAUUGACCUGGAAGUGUUUGUGAACCGCUCUACGGCUCCAGAAUUGAGUUCAGGCCAACAACAACUUGAGGACAUUUUGGUUCUGCACCUAGAGAGGGGAAAGGAUUACUUUGUUUCCAUUACAGGCUCCUACCUGCCUAGCUGCUUCGGGUCCUCCAUCCAUACUCUCUGUCAGCUUAGGGAGCCCAUUCAGGAAAUGCCCCUAGAAACCGUCCACAAACUAAGCCUAACAUCACCCAGUGAGAUAAGCAGCCCAGACAUGGAGAAGGCUUUAGACAUUCCAAAGGAAUUAUGGAUGAUGGUGGAUCAUUUGUACCGCAAUGCCAGUAAACAGGAGGACCUCUUCCAGCUACCAGGCCUACACAGUGAGUUUGAGGAGAUCAGAGAUUGUUUAGAUACAUGCACGCCUGACACCCUUCCUGGAGGUAACCACUCUGUAGCUGAGGCUCUGCUUCUCUUUCUGGAUGCUCUGUCGGAACCGGUUGUAACUUUCUUGCAGUACCAGCAGUGCCUGGAGUGCUGCUCCAGCAGUGGCCAGUGUAAAAAGAUUAUUUCUAUGCUACCUCAGUGCCAUAAAAAUGUUUUUAACUAUGUAACGGCAUUUCUUCGGGAGUUGUUGAAGAACUCUGCACACAAUCGUCUGGACGUCAAUAUUUUAGCCACAAUAUUUGCUGCAUUACUGCUGAGGUCUCCUACAAAGCAGGACCUCAUGGAGAAGAGGAAAACAAAGGAGUUCUUGCAGCAUUUUCUGGUUCAAGAAUCCAACUAAUGUACACCAUUGACAGCUAUAUAGUUACAGUCUUGUUUUACUGCACAGUAUUUGCUUAAAGAAAUUAGGUUUUAAUUUGUUUUGUUAGUAUUUAGAUUGUUGGAACAUUUGUCCUGAACAGAUGCAAUUUGUACUUAGAAAACUUUUAAAUAGCAAAUGAAACACAGAUUUAUUUUAUUGGGAAGCACCAGAAACACUGACCUGUGUCUGUACUGAAAUAGUCAUAAUUUAAAAAUUGAGUAUAUUUUUAUUUUAAUGUUUGUAAAUAUGAAAUACUCUUUUAUAUUAAAAUAAUAAAUAAUCAUGGAAACUA